ACUACCACUCUGGUCGGCAGCGCCCCCUGUUGACCCUUCAGACUCUGUGCAUGCCGGAGGAGGAAGGAGACGUGUACCACACAGAGAUUAGCCUGAGCGGACAGAUGAAAGUAGACAGCACCGGUGGAAACAUGGAGGAACAAGCAGAAGUUGAAACAGCAGAGAAUCCAUUUGAGCCUCUCGUCGAGUCUAUUCUUCAGCAGCUGGAGGACCAGGACCCGGUGUUUCUGAUCGGGUUGAUCGUCGCUCUGGCGGUCGUUGUUAUCACCUGCGGUGGGUAAUUUAAUGUUAGCAUGCUCACAUUAGCCUAACAUGCUCGGUUUAACGUUUAGCUUUACCAACAGGUGGACUUUGCUGAAAGCUUUUUGACAGUUUGGGUUUAAAUAACUCGUCUUUAAGCUGUUUAACCCCAAUGAGGAUAAUUAGGAAGCAAAAAAAUAUAUUUAUAUGUUCGUAAAGUUGAGUUAGCAAGCGAGGAAGCUAGCAGCUAAGAUGAAACACGUCAACGGUUUUCUAGUUUGUCAUCCUAAAAAUAAAGGUUUGAAGUUAAGUUAGCCCUCUCUUUUUUGUCUUUGCAGUUUUUCUGAAAUACUUUCUAUCCAGUAAAACAGUCAGAAGUGCGGUGCUGCUGGUCGGACUGUGUGACUCCGGGAAAACCCUCCUCUUCAGCCGGGUAAGUGUGCAGCCGAACGUGGUCCCCAUCGCCACGUUGCGGUACCUGGAUGUCACCUUUAUGCCUUACUUUCUUUGACCCUGGAACACUUCUGCUAAAAUGAGUAACACCAUCACCAUCACCGGGUGAUUUUUACCAGAAACAGUAUUCCCAAGAAAAAGUACUUGUCAUCAAAAUAUACCAAAAUAGGACCAUACAUGACAAGUUGGUUUUCUUUUAUCUUUAACUGUGCAAAGAGAGGAAAUGGACAGUGUGGGGGGCUUGUCUGAUUUGGAGGGGUAGCUAGUUCCAUAAUUUUAGGACCAACAGAAAAAGAUCUAUCCCCUCUGAGAACCAAAAUAUGGCAGAUUUUGAGUGAGUAAAAAUGACCAGCUGACUAAAAUAUUUCUUAUCACCAUACGAAUUCCGUGGAAAUCCAUCAAACCUACUUUACCCUCCAUCACUAUUGCUGGUUGAAAAUCACCCUGUGAACACGUGCCCCUAGGAAAAAGCAGGUUUUUUGGAUCAGGGAAACAAAUGUGUCUUCAAAGAUGUCAAGGGCAAUGCUGAAGCUACCCAGGGACCCAUGAUACUCAGACAAACGCAACACAAGGAAAAUCACCCGGCGAUAGUGUUUGAGGGUUAAGACAAUAAUAAGCCUUUUGAAAAUGAUUUCUUGAUUUUACAGCUACUGUCAGGGAAGUUCAAGCGCACACAGACCUCCAUCACUGACAGCAGUGCUCCUUACAAAGCUAAAAAUGACAAGGUAAGAUAAGGGCAGAGUUAUUAACGCUUGGAGUUGUAAAUCUGUCUAGCUCAUAGGUGACCUCUCUCCUUCUUAUACACAGGCAAACACCUGGACUUUGAUAGAUCUACCUGGGCAUGACAGUCUUCGCCCACAGUACCUGGAGAAAUUCAAAUCUGCAGCCAGGUGAGAGCAGAGCAGGACAGCCCGUGCGGAUUAACGGUUGCCAUAAAACCCUCCAUCUACUUGUGGGAUAAAGUUACUGGUGACAGCAUUUAUACAACCUGAUCUGGCCUCUCAUUAUCACCCUCUCCAGAGCAAUUGUGUUCGUAGUGGACAGCGCCAUCUUCCAAAAGGAGGUGAGGGAUGUGGCAGAGUUCCUUUACAUCUUGCUGACAGACACUGUGAUCUCCAGGAACGCCCCAGCUCUCCUGGUAGCAUGCAACAAACAAGGUUCAGCAACCCCUCUUCUGCAAAAUUAUAUAUAUUUUACCUCUUAUUCUUCAUUGCAAACCUGCCCCAAAUGUUGCUGUAAUCCACUGUUCUCUUUGUUCCACAGAUAUCACUAUGGCAAAAUCAGCCAAGUUAAUUCAGCAGCAGCUUGAAAAGGAGAUGUAAGUCCUCUGAUUUGUUUUAGUAGCUUUAGUUAUCAAGAUAGCGAACAUUUUUUUUAAGCCACCUUUUGUCAUAUUUCUUUCAGGAACACCUUAAGAGUGACUCGGUCAGCAGCGCUCAGCUCUCAGGAUGGCUCUGUCGGUGGCAGUGUGUACCUGGGGAAAAAAGGCAAAGACUUUGACUUCAGCCAGCUGCCCAUGAAAGUGGAGUUCCUGGAGUGCAGCGCCCGUGGCAGCAAGGGUGAAGAUGGGGAUGCAGAUUUAGUGAACCUCGAGAAGAGUCUGGCUAAACUGUAAAACCAGCAACAUCCUUAAAGGGCAGAAUAUUUUUCAAAAACACACUGAAUCAAACACAUCCAAUCCAUUGCUUCUCAGUGGAGGAUUUCUUUGUCAGGAGUGAGUCAAUAAAUAUGGUCUGAUCUGUGCUGACUGUCAGUGUGACGAUCAAAACAAUAUCAGAUGGUGGAGGAGCGUGAGACACAUUGAAUCAUAACAUACCAAAAAGACUGAGAGUCAUGUAGGAAGGUGCAGAAGCUUUUCAGGUUGCUCUGCAGUGCUGAGACGUUUGUGCUUUUUCACCGUCAAUCCAACUGUGAACAUCCACCUUAAAUUGCUUUUUGGCUUUGUUUAUAAAAAUGUACUUUCAAGAAUUUUCCUAUAUUACAUUUGCUGUUUAGAAUUUUGCGUAAAUUAUAAAGGCUGUCAAGGAAUUUCAAAAUUUUUGUUUUAAAUGUAAGUAGUGUGACCUGUAAGCUGCCUUGAUCAGAUCGUUUUUGUCCAGAAUUACAUUUAUUCAAACCUGCUAUGUGCCUUUUUUUCUGGUGUUAGGAGCGUUUUCUGCUUGUGUGCAAAAGAAUGAUAGUGUUCUUGUAUAAAAGUGUAGUAUGAAAAGAGAGUGUUUGCUAUGGAUGUUUGAAUUUAUUAAAAAUGUGUCUGUAUGUACUUCACCUGUUUGACAACUGGUAUAGAUUUUUCUGAUGCAAAGACAUUGAAGAAUUGAUCAAAAUAGCAGUCUCUUAAAUUUAGAGCCUUUCAUCAACCUAUGGUAGAACUCGAGAACCUGCAAUGAUAAAUGAGCAGCUAACGUUGUUAAAUCUUUGCGUUAUAUGAGGUGCUUAUAUGUAACUUUUCAUUUCUUAGAGCUUAAAAAACAUAAAAUGUGUUGCCUUAUUUUCCAUGUUUAAAUCCUCAGAAAGCAUUGCAUUAAAUAUGACUGAACAGCUGUCAGUUUGCCCAUAGUCUGUCUUUAAUCUGGAUUAGAUUGGGAUUUUUGUGCUUUAUUUCAAGAUCCUCAGGUUCAUUUCUUUCAUGGUCUGGUGUGGUAGCUUCACAAGGCUUAAGGGGAAAUUCUGGUGUAAAAUUAAUUUAGGGUCAAACACACCGUAACACAGAGUUAGACACCCCCAACGAGAGAUGAAUGUUGCCGACCGCUUGUUUCUUUAGUUAUAUCAACUUUAGUAAUGACUGCAGGAUAGCAAUACACAGCGGUCUGAGGAGCCAUAAACAAAUCUCAUCCAAAACGCCACUCUAUAGCCACAUAUAAUGCUCAGAACAGCACCUAACUUCAUCAACAGUACAUACAGGGUCCUAGCCAUAGUACCAGCAACCAAACAUCUUCUUAACUUUGCCUAUUUUCUUAAGCAAAGAGGUUAAACACAACUCACCUACACUCUUCCAGCACCCGCUUGUAGUGAGACCUCAAGCCAUUCCAUUACGGACUGCAGUGGGGUGACACAGCUCAAGGAACUCAGUGUUUCGGUGUGUCUGACCCUAAAAUUAAUUUUACACCAGAAUAUCCCUUUAAAUACUUUUUACCCCCAAAACAUUUCUACUGAUUUCUAAAAGGGCCACGCAUGCAAAUGCCCUGGUUAGCCAAAUCCAACUUGAUUACUCUUAACUCAUUCAACAAUUUGUCUAUUUCUGCAAAGAUUGCUUGUUUAGGGAGGCAGUACUGUUGGUUUCUGUUUCACAGUUCAGAUUUAUUUUAAAGGAGAGAUAGACCCCACUCACUGUGGUGAUAAUCAAGUCACUAAGUCGUCCAAAAUCCAAAUAAUCGGUGUAAAACUGCCAAAAAUGUCUUUAAACCCACAAUAAGGUAUAUUCAAAGUAGCAUGCUGUUAUUAGCCAGAGCGAAAGAAACAGUUUGUAAUGAAGUGCAGGGUUCUAUAGUGGAGACAGAGGGUAGACUGAAAGACUGGAGCUCUGAUCUGCAACCACUACACAAGGCUCUCCUUUCAGCACUGCAGGGCACAACCAGUUCACCUUGUCUCCGUGAUCAAUGUUCAGUUUGGGUCCAGACUUCUCUUCUGUCACCCCCUCUGCACCUGCAGCCUCUGCCUCUUCACCCUCCCCCUCAGCUGCUUCUUUCUCAGCUGUAGUCUUCGGUGGCAUCUUUGCUUUGUCUCUGGGUUGCUCUUUCCUCUUUCCUUUGCUCUUGUUCUUCCUGCGAGGAGCUGCGGCCACUUUAGCUUUUGCAUCCAAAGAUACGACUGGGUGCUUACUGAGGUCCCACAGGGCGACCUGGCCGUCAUUCCCACCAGUGACGAGCCAGUAAGGGUGAGGAAGGAAACUAACAAAGUGGGCUUGUGAAGCCCCCUGGCUGUGGGCUUUGAUAAUUCCCUGCUGUUCCAGUUUAGAGCCGCUGCCAAUCCUCAUGAGAUGCACCCGUCCGUCCUCUGCUGCACAGCCCACAAUGUUUCCACAACCCGCCACAGAUACACAGUGGGCUAGGGGUGGGUUGAAAAGUUGACCAGGUUGGGGCUGAUGGCCGUCUUCUUCUUCUGCUAUAUCCUGGAGGUUGAUGGUCCAUAAGGGACGUGUCUUUUGUAGACCCCACAGCAUCACCUGAAGCAACAAAUAAUGAAGCAAAUUACUCUCAAGACAGACACAUCAACCAAAGAAGACAUGCUAGCACAGAUUUUCUAAUCCUUAGUCUCCCAUCUGUCUUACCUGCAUGUCCAGUCCAGCAGACAGCAGGUUAUUUGGCCUGUGUGGUCUAAACACCACAGAAGAGCAGAUGUUCGUGUGUCUACGAAGAGUCCUGCAUACUUUCCCCCCUGGGAGCUCCAGUACCCGAACUGCCCCAGAGUCAUCAGCCACUGCCAGGGCUGACCCGCUCUCAUUUAGUGCUAAAGCGUUGAUCUCCUCCUCUCCUGCACCCUGAAACUCUUCCACCGGGCCCUUAAGGUUUCGGGGGUCAAGUAGACUCACAGCCUCUCCGUGUGAUACAUACAGACUUUGAGCCCCAGCUGCAAACACAACACUGGUGCAAUCAUCUUCGCUGGAAAGUCUGAGGCGUCCGGUAAUGGUUCCCUCUUGGCUCCACAGGGUGACCUCUCCACCUUCAGAGCCCGAAGCCAGGAGACCCUCAGGACCUGGAGACGCCCCAACACACAGGAUGGAUGAGGAGUGGCCGUCAGACCACUGCCGGGCCAUGCUAAGCCUGUGAAAUGUGAGUGAAUAAGGCAGAGACAGGGAAGAGUUUAGGUGAUCUUUGAGACAACAGUGUAGACGGCGUCACAUCACUCCAAUUUUAGCCUCAAAUAAAGUUGUUAUUAUUAUUAUAGUUAACAGAUAUAUAUAUUGUAAUAUAUCGAUCCGUUUUGUCUAUUUUAAUAUGGGGCUCAUGUGCAAAGAGAAAUAUGCUUUAAACAUCUGUAUUAUAAAUUUACAAAACAGCAGGUUACAACUUUGAAACAGCACAAACAACCAACACCAAAGUCCUGAUUCUACUUUAGCUUUCUGCUAACGCGCAACACACGAAGCUAAAAUUUUAGUCCCUGUUCGACUCAAGUGCUCGCUGUGAGAGCUGAUGUGCUAAUAAUAUUCUGUUUAUAUGAAACAACCAAAUACGACGUAUUGUUGAUAUUCGCGUUAUUUUUAUGAGAGCAGAUAAUUUACUCUACCUCAGAAAUUGUCCUCAAAACUUCCUCGGAUUGCCAUGUGCGGUUCAGUCGCUCCCGGAUGACGUCACAAAUCCAUCACAAAUCCCCUUUGCCCUGAGUUUCGCAUGUCAGGCGCAUCGUUCAGGUUUUUAUUUAUUUUAAUCCUUUUUUUUUUUUUUAGCAGAUUGACUGAGUUUUAACUCCUCAAACAAGUUUUGAGAGAAUGAGUCAAAAGGACUGGCCAUCCUCUACUUUAACUGCCUUUUCACCAAGCAGUCUGUUCAGCUUUGGUGGGUAUAGUAGGGGAGAGUGGGGUAAGAUGAGCCAUUUUUCAUAUUUCUGAUCACUACAUCAAGACAAUCAUAGUUUUGUCUCUAACUAGUGUAUCUGCAUAUAUUUCAAGAUGUUGCAUCCCUGCAAACCAACAGAAUGUAAACAUAACUGUCUUGAUAAUAUAGCGUGCAAAAAAAAGUGGUCUCCUAUGGUCAACU